GCUCGCUGGAACGGGAAGAGCACACUCGCGUGCAAGAACCUGCAUGCUGUGCCAUUGCAUUCAGACUGUCUUUUCUUAGCACUUCAUAGGAGCCCCUCUUCUGUUUUCAAAGGAAGAGGCAAAGAGCUGGAGGGAGGGAAUGCCUCUCCGAAAAUGGGAGAAGCACCUCCGUGCAAAGCGAAGGUGACGCCGGAAAGCUUAGUAGUCUGUCAGCAGCCUUAUACUAUUUGGAGUCCGUGCAUGGAGGGGAAAAGGAGAGGCUCUUUUGGGUUUGUGGCAAGGCGUUCCGUUUAAUUUGGAAACUGAACGUGCCUUUGCUUGUCGUCCUCCUGCUUUGGAGAAAUUCUGCCCUGGAAAAAAGAUUGUCUCGUAUGCUGAUCAGCUGUGGAUUUAUGGAGGGGCCUGGCCGCACUUUUAAGCACUGCCACGCACAACAUCCGGCCCGUUGAAGACAGCACGCCGCUGCCCUGUGCAGAGCUGGCACCCUGAGCUCGUGGGGUUAACCAUUCAGAUCUCCUGUGCAUGGCUCUUACAGCUACAGGACGACUUCUACUGGCUGCCGCCCCAGCCUGAGCUGCGCCGGGCUCCCCUCUCUCCCCCGAAAUAUUUUACAUAUCCAGAUGGGGUAACGUGACAGUGCAAGAUCAACGCCGGCAGGUCAACUGAAUGCAGAGGCCUUUCUGAAGAGGAGAGAGCUAAAGAAGGGAAGCCGAACGACAACGCUGAAGAACGACUACUCUAAAUUGCACACACCGAGAAAAUUGACACUACGGCAGAUAUAUAUACAUUUUUUUCCCUUUAAAGUAUUGGCGGAUAUUCCCCCCCCCCCCCCUUAUAAGUGUUAUUCAUCAGUCAAGCACAGGGUUUCCUUUAUUCUAAUUGGAUGGUUUAGAGAAUCCAGCAUACAUUCUCCCAAAAGUUGGAGAUAUUUGCACAAAUUUGUGUCAAUUGGGUGGGACAAGAGGGGGGGAAAGAUAGUGUUUUGCCAAACUUUAGGGUAACUUUUGUUUUCCUUUUGUCCUGCAAUACUCCCCACCACUACCUUUUAGGAGGUGUUCUUUGUUUUUGUUCGUUUUCUUCACCCCUCCCGUCCAUCUUAUUUUUUCCACAACCACCACCAUGGCCCGCAUGAACAGACCUGCCCCCGUAGAGGUCUGCUACAAGAAUAUGAGAUUCCUGAUCACCCACAACCCUACCAAUGCCACACUGAAUACCUUCAUUGAGGAUCUGAAGAAAUAUGGUGCAACAACAGUAGUGAGAGUGUGUGAAGUAACUUAUGACAAGACUCCACUGGAGAAGGAUGGCAUUACCGUCAUGGACUGGCCAUUUGAUGAUGGAGCUCCACCACCCACCAAGAUUGUGGAUGACUGGCUCAACCUGCUGAAGACCAAGUUUUGCGAAGACCCUGGCUGUUGUGUGGCUGUGCAUUGUGUGGCUGGUCUGGGACGGGCUCCUGUUCUUGUCGCACUGGCCCUGAUUGAAAGUGGGAUGAAGUAUGAAGACGCCAUUCAGUUCAUUAGACAGAAACGCCGGGGUGCCAUCAACAGCAAGCAGCUCACCUACCUGGAGAAAUACCGACCAAAACAGCGGCUCCGGUUCAAGGAUCCUCAGAACCAUAAGAACAAAUGCUGCAUCAUGUAAUAACCUCAGUAACAGCCUCUUGCCAAAACACACAAAUACAAGGGGGAGACACACAAACGAAUCACACACAUACACAGAGGGCUUGACUUUUGGAGUUAGGGGAUCUUGGCUCCACAACUUGCUAGGUUGGAAAGAUUCCCUUAAAUUUUGCCAAGGCCUGAGGGAGAAGGCCUACUUUGCUCUCACAUGCCAGAGAUUAUAUCUGCUCUCAAAUUAUAUCCCCCUCUCAAAAUGCUCCUCUUUACAAAGGCAUCACACACCAGUGCUAACACCCCUUCCAUUUCAUGUUGUCCUGCAGGGCUUGGGCAGGUAUGGUAAGGCUGGCAAGUCCAUAGCAUGGCCCAUUUACAUCGUAAUAAGGAGAUGCAGAGAAUUGGCAGUGGACUUUGUUUUGGUUUAGAUCCAGUUUACAAAGCCUUACUUUGUCUAUCUUAGUUCUUUCUGGAAUAUGUGUGACUUGAGACUCUCCAGUGCAAGAUGUGCCCUAUGAUGUGGCCAUCAGGCUAUCAUAUCUCCCUUCUCCUUACAGUUCCUUCUUCGUCUCAGUCAUUGUCCAUUGCUGGUAGGGUUGCCAUAAUUCUCUAUUAAAAAAUGGGACAAAAUGUAGGACAAAAUUUAAACCAAAAUAUAGGACAAUUGUAGGAUAAAAUUUAGCCCAAAAUGUAGGACAUUUAAGAAAAAUUAAGGACCUGUGCUGUGCUGUGAUGGUCAUGUUUAAUCUUGAGAGUUUGGGUAAGAUGGAGAGGCAGAAAUCUUCUUCCUUCUUAGAGAGUGACAGCGAAGCUGGUGGUCAGUUCGUGUAGCAGAGGCAACUGGUUAGUUUCAUGAGGAUGGAGAAGAGAAUCUACUCUGGAUUUUAGUCCAGAGUAACCACCACCACCAAGGACCUUCAACCUUGUUUUAAGGGAAAAUUAACCCUUGAGCAGUACCCAAUUUCCCCCAGGUUUUCCCACCCAGGUGUUUUGUGGGGGGGGGGGUUGUUUUGUUUUUGUUUUGUUUUUUUGAAGGGAGGGUAAUGCAAAACUGGAAGUGGAUUUCUAGCCUCUUCUGGUUUCGCUUCUCGGGUGGGCAAUGGUGUAUUGGAGUUAGCAAUCCUCAGUGGGUUCCUGUGGUGUCAAAAUUUGGAUCACUGAAGCUUGUCCAUCUCAGGUCUAAAGGGAAAAGCUGGCUUGUUGAAGGAAAUGUGCUUGCUUUUGAGGGUCUUUCUCUCUACCCCAUCACUAUUUUUUAAAUCUGCUUUCAACCUAUGUAGCUCUGCAUCACAGGCAGCAUUGUGACAUUAGGUGUAAAAACACACUUAGUAGCUUGAUUUUGAGUAUCAUGCAGGCAUUUCCAGCUUGCUUUUCCAGCUUAUUUUGUGGAGUGUUUCAGACUGUUUAUUUGUCUUCCCUGGGUUUUUAUUUUGUGUGUCCAGCUUGAAGGCAGCUUUCUUCAUGUGGUAUUUCCUGUCUCCAUCUUACUUAGCAACUGACUUCUUCAGCCAGGGUUCAGGUGUUAGGAAGGCUUUCAACUAUUCUUCCACCCCACUAAAUAUUUUUUACGCUCCAAAGGCGUUCACAGGCUUCUCACCUACCACAUUUUAUCAUAAGCCCACAGAUACUUGUGCACCAUAAUUACCAUAAGAGACAGACCUGUAGUAUUAACGACCAUCAUAACCAGUAGAUUUGUUUUUCUUCACCAACAGACACAGUGAAGAAUACUGUGUUGUUCUUCUCCACCACCUGUACUGUUUAUUCAUAUAUUUUAUUGCAUUUCAUUCAUAUUAGUUUUCCACCACCUUGUGUGCCAAGAGUGGGGUACUAACUGAAAGGAGAAGUAAUAUAAAAGCACCUCCAGAUCCAAAAAUAAAUCCAUCCUUACAGAAUGUUAGUAGGCCAUCUUGCACCCUAGUUUUCCCCUAAUAACCUGGAUUUCUGUUAGCAGGCAUUAUGGGCCGUAAUAAUUCAAGUAGUAUGAAUUGAUAUAAUUAUGUAGAGUGGAUGCACCCUAAGAGAGGGUUUUUCCAGUCCUUACCUGGAAAUGAUGGAGAUGUCCUACUUGCCAAGGGCUUGUGUGUUUAGACUGGCACCUCAGCACCCUCCAAAUGUGUUGGACUACAACUCGCAUUCUCCCUAGCUGAUAUGGCCACCACAUUUAGAAAGGCUGGGAUAGAGUAGAGCUUGGAAAUGAUUGGUGAUAGUUUACCACCCUACCAUUUCCUUUUUCAAAAUUCAUAGCAAUUAAGGAUUCUUUAUUUUAAAUAAAGUGCCCAUUGCUGUUUGUCAUUCCUUUAAUUCAUCACUGGGCUUUUAACACUCAUGGUUCCAGGCUUGGUGAACAUCUUAUAUGCUGAACUGAAUCCCUCCCAGUUAAUUAAUUUAGAGCCCUGCAUUUUUCCAGACUGGAAGGCAUACCUUUCUUCUUUGAAGAGAGUUAGUAUCUUUGCCUCCAGGUAGAGAGCCAGCAUGGUGUAGUGGUUUGAAUGUUGGACUAGGACUUUGGAGACUGGGGUUUGAAUCCUGGCUCAGCCAUGGAAACCCACUGGGUGACCUUAGGCAAGUCACACUCUCUCAGCCUCAGAGAAUGGCAGUGGCAAACGCCUCUGGAAAAACUUGCCAAGAAAAUCCCAUGAUAUGGUUGCCUUAGGGUCACCAUAAGUCAGAAACAACCUGAAGGUACACAAUAACUACUGUAGAAGUUAUUUGCACUCUCAAAGCACAACUUCCCAGUUUUUGGUCAUAGAUGUAAUCUGUUCUAAAUUUCAAAGGUGAACAGUGACGUGAAUUCAGGGCCCCCAGUAACAUGGGUGCUGCUGCCUUUCCUCCAUGUCCAGCUUUGGUUCACUGUUCUAGCAAUAUGGAAGUAAUUUCCUGGCAGGAGAGUGACAGUCCAGGCUGCUUCAUACUUUGCUGAACAUGGCUAGUGAAAUCCAGAAUCUGUCUUCUUUUUUUUUCUUUUACUUUUUUUUAAAAAGCAAACAUUUCUGUUUUUGCAAAGGGAUCUUGUAGCACCUUUGACAGCAACUGAAAGAGAGAAGUUAGUAGCGUUACAGACUUUUUCACACAGAGACUGCAUAUAUAGGUCUGUCCCUGGACUUUCCACUCCAUCACAUUCUUCUGAGGAAGUAGACUCAAGUCUGAGAAAGCUCAAAAAUGCUACCAACAUCUCUCAGUUAGUCUCAAAGAUGCUACAAGAUUCCUUUGCAUACAGAUUUCCCAGACUAACACAGCUAUGUCUUUGAUUGCUGCUUUUAACACCAUGAAGCAAAAGCUCACUUUCUCUGGCCUUUUGCUUGAAUUUAAGACCUUCUUUUUGAAUUAAAGUGAAUGUGCCUUGCUCCCCCACUGAAUGCUUUGUUUUUAAAGUUGACUAUAAAUGUAAGACCUUUUCCGUGAAACUCUCACAGCUUUGAGGUGUGGGUUUGUGAUUUCCUAUGCAGAGAGCUUGAGCAAGCCAGAGAGAGUAGGGAAGAAGGCUGCAAAGGAUGAUGUUGUGGUUUCUCAGAUUGGCUCUGUGAGAUGCAAGGUCCUCUUUUGAGAAGCAACUUGUUAGGAGGUUGGAAAACAAACAUAAACUAUACUGAACAGGGUGGUUUCAACCAAAUUUCAGUGCAAAAAGUUUCAGGCAUGAUGAUGAUGAAUCAGACCUAGCUUUGUUUUGCACUGAAACUGAAAUGGCAACAGGACUUUAGCUGAUUCUGCAUCUGACAGAAUCAAAGAUGAAAGCUUUUCUGCAAUUGUACUAUAUCAAACUGUAGUAAUCAGAAUUUUCAAUCUUAGAAAUCUUCCAUCCAAAACAGCUCCCUGGCUAUAAACAGCUAGCUUCUCAAGGCUCACCUAAUCCUCCUCUCCCAGUAUAUGAUGCUCCUGUGUUUUCUGUCUUCCUCCUCACCUUCCUCCUCUUCCUCCUCACAUGCCAUGAUGGAGUUUUCAGAAAAUUCACUUUUGUUCCAUCUCAUCCAACCUGAAACGGUGCAGCCCAGGACAGGGGUUACCAACCCCAGAAACAGGCUCUGACCAAAAUGAUUUUAUUCAGCCACUGCUAGCCCAGCCAAAUUUUAAUCUCCCUUGCAUUCAGAAAUGACCAUUUCAUUGCCAAGAGCAGCAGCAGCUAGCCUGCCAAUGUAUUUUACUGCCAACCUACUUAUCUGUCUUUUCAGUAAACAUAUUCCUUGGUGCACCUCCUCUCCCUGGUCUCUAAAAUGUAGCCCUACAAAGACAGUUUUGGGGCCCCCAGGCCCUGUUACUCCUCCCCAAAAUGGAGGUUUGACCAUCCUCCAUCAUCCCCUCAAAGGACCAGUGCAGUCCCCUAGCCCUUGACAAUUGCCUGCCCUUGCAAUAGGUAACCCUGACGUAAAAUGAAGCCUAGCUUCUUGGAUAGUUCCAGCACACCACACAUAUACACAUGGAUUAGAGUCUGUAAAAUACAUUCUGCCCACCUCUCCAAAGGCCACAUUGGACUGUCUGGUCUAGGAUGGGUUUUAUCCCAACUCUACUGACCUGGGGUUCUUCCACACUACAAAUUUUUAUAGCACAAUGAUUCCGCUUCAGUGUUCAUCUUAGAUCUGUAAUUCAGUGAGGCACUAGAGCUUUCUGGCCAAGAGUUCCAGAUACCCCUUCCUAAACUGCAAAUCCCAGGAUUUCAUUGGAUGGAACUGUAGCAGUUAAAGUGGAACAAUAGCACUAUAAUUGUGUAGUGUGAAAGGGCCCCUUGUCAGAUGGUGUAGUGGAUGUGUGAGCCAAAAUAGGUUUUCUAUCCUUUUUUAAAAUAUACAUGCAUAAAGAAUGUGUUUUUUAAAGGCACAAGAACUCCAAAUUUUUGUAAACAAUCCUUUCCAAAAGUGAUUACCCUCCCUCAACUGCGUGCGCACACACACAAAUCUCUCUACCUUUGCAAAAUUCUCUUUUAAGUCCUUUAAAAACACACAAUACCAAAACCAUUCAUAGCACAUAAAAUGUCUUCAGAAUAUGGGCAUAGCCCAACACGGACAUACCAGCAUUUUAAAUAGCCUUAUAGUGUGGAAAUCUUGAAUUUAAAAAUAAAAUUUGGGGGCGGGGGGAAAAUGUGUGUAUCUUUGGCCAGAAGAGAAAAAAAAUGUAAAAAUGAAAACAACAAAAAAAAUGCAACACCUCUGUUUUGUAUGGGUGUGUGAGUGUGAAUGUGUUUCCUUCCUUUCUCUCAGUUCUCGUAGAGCAAAAAAUAAUGAUGUUCCUUUUGUAGUUCACAACCUCUCUUGUAGCAGACAUCAACGCUGCGGGAAUUUUGAGGCUCACAAAAGCCCUCUUGUUCCCAUUUUGAUAUAAACAGUGUCUAGGAAUGUGAAUUUGCACCCUGUGAAAGCUAGGCAGCUUUCCCUCUUGUUGGGCUUAUGGGUGGCUUUUGCUAGAAUUGCCUACAACCCAAUAGAAACAGAGCGAGGUUGAAUCAACUCGGGUUUAUUCCAAAUGUUGAAGGAGUAAUCCAGUGAUUCUCAUUCCCCACCCCCCACCCCCACCCCCAAAAAAAUAAUCUGGCACCUUGAAUGAAACCUGGAGCAGAUUCACUGCCCCACUGACAUGGGAGCUGCCAGCACUGCAGUUGGAAAAACAUGUCGUGAUUUUCAAUGAAAUUUAUGUACUUCAAAGGGUGCUCCUUCAUGCCUACAUACCCAGAGUUUUAAAGUGUCAGGAUUCACACUCAUUGACACACACACGCACCGACAGUUGCUUGCAGCCUCAGUGACAGCUGGUUUCUCCCCUAUCAGUGGCGAGGGGAAUCCACUCCCAAGUAUUUCCAGCAUCCAGAGUUUGCACAUUCUGUCCAGUACCAUUUAAUUAUGUUUCACCCUGCAUCGUGAAGGACUUGAGUGAUUACUCCCAUAGAAUUAUAAAAACCAUGUCUUGGAGGAGAAAGUGAAAGGUAACAGGUAUUGGCAAAAAAAAAAAAAACUGAAAUGACUAUUUAAUUAUAGACUAUUUAUUUUGGAAAUGGUAGCUGCUCCCUUUUGCCCCAUAGAUCUAGUUUUCACUGGGCCAACAGAUGGAGCUACAGUUCAAGGGGAAUCUUCAUAGGCUUCUCUUGGAACUCUUUCAUACUGUGAUAAGGCUGUGAUCCAUGGUUGCAUCCUACAGAGUCCUGGGAUUUAAUGGCCAUGGCUCCAUCUCAUAGAAACCUUGGAUGGGUAGUUGGUGAAUACAGUGGGCCCUUGGAAUCUGCUGGGGUUUGGUUCCAGGAGCAUUCCCCAUGGAUGCUCAAGUCCCAUUAAAUACAGUAGCAUAGUACAAUCACAUCCUUUUUAUAUAUAAUAGCGAAAUCAAGGUUUGCGUUUUGGGAACGUAUAUUGUAGAUUUUUGUGGAUGGUUGAAUCUGUAUCUGUCGAUACAGAAGGCUCACUGUAUUUAGAAUUCUCUGUUCUAGUGGUUCACCAAACUACAAAUCCCAGGGUUCCAUAGGAUGGAGCUAUGGCAGUUAAAGUGCAUCAAACUAUAACUGUGUAGCGUGAAAGAGACCUUGGGAUGUUGAAAUUCAAGAGCAUGGUGAGUAGGGACUAUUCCAGGGCUGCCUCCCUACCUGGCCAGUCUUGAAAAUAAGACUGUAUCGGAUGGAGGCAGGGAGGGCAAAAUGAGGGCACUUCCCCUCCAAAAUAAUUUUUUCUUCAGUCCUCUAAUUUCUAGCAUUGCAGGGAGUGAAACACUGAAAAUCAUGCACGACUCAAACAUUUCACAUUUGUUGCAUAUCACUUUCUUUUGGUCACUUUGCUUGUCCCAUUUCUUUGGAUAAUGAAACCCUACUUCUUAAAAACCCAAGUGCAACUUUUAAAUUACUACAAGGCUAAGAAUUUGGGGACUGAAGAAAAAUUUCAUCGGAUGAGCAGAAGUCUUAAUUGAGAGUCAUAGCGCUUUGAGUGUAGGACUACAACUCUGGAGACCAGGGUUCAAUUCCCAGCUCGGCCAUGAAACCCCCUGGGUGACCCUGGGCAGGUCACACUCUCUCAGCCUUAGGGGAAGGCAAUAGCAAACUUCUUCUAAAUAAAUGUUGCCAAGAAAACUGAUAGGUUCACUUUAGGGUUGCCAUAUGUUGGAAACCAAGGCACACAACAACCUCUUUCAUAACUACACCAUGGAAGUCACUCCUGACCAUAGUGUGGUUUUUAAACCCAAGGGAGGAAUUCUGCAAUGAAAUGGUUCCCUCAUCACCACUAUGGAAAGUGAAGUGAGCCUUAGGCAGAGAUUACUAAUCCGUUCUUCAACCAAGCAUACCCUUUAUGUAGGUUUUAAGAGGAGAGCAUAAACACAUUUUGGAGAGACAUGUUAGGCCCAAGUUCAAUUUCAAUACAGGUUGAGUAUCCCUUAUCCAGAAUUCUGAAAUUCAAAAUAAUCCAAAUUGUCCACGCAAGUGGCUAAGAGAGUGACACCUUUGCUUUCUAAUGGUUCAUUGUACAUAAAAUUUGUUUUAUGCAUAAAAUUAUUUAAAAUAUAUAAAAUUACAUUCAGGCUAUGUGUAUACGAUGCAUACGAAACAAAUGAAUUUCAUAUUAUGUACAUACAAAUAUUGUGAAAUCCAAAACACUUCUGGUCCUAAGCAUUUUGGAUAAAGGAGACUCCACGUGUAGCAACAUUCUGGGGUGUGUUCUUUCUUCCAUUUUAUUUGUGUUAAAAAAUCAUGGCAUUUCUUCCUUACUUCUUCAGCUACAGGAUUUACCUGUCUCCUUUUCAGAGUUUGGGAAAGUUGCUUGGUGCAGAAGGAAUUUCAGCUCCCAGAAUCCUGCAGACCAAGCUGGCUGAGCAUUCUGAGAACUGAUAUCCAAAAAAGUAACUUUGCCAAACUCUGGUCAUUGUUAACUCUGUGGACAAUCUCAGUAGUCCAUAGAGGAAGAUCAGAUAUGGGUUAUUUGUUUUGUUUUGACUUAUUUUUCCUCUGAGCCAUAGCUAAAUUAUUACUAUUAUUAUAAUAAUUAUUAUUAUUGUUCUUGUUGCGACACAGUGCUUUUGUAUCAGGCAGGCAUAAUUUUGUCGUAUGCCAAUGAGGUCUAGGAAUCUUGACACUUUAGAACCAUUUUUUUAAAAAAAUUCAAAAUUUGUCUGUUUUUGCUCAAGUCCUGUGUAAAGCUGUAUGCCUUUUUUUAGUAAUCACUUUUUUGAGUUGUGAGAGAUUUCCUUAAAAAGUGUGUUAAGGUGAUUUUUGCCUCUGACAGCAACAACAAAGGAAAACUUUAAAAAUAAAAGUUUCACUGUUUUGUAUGAGA